UGGAUCAUUAAAGCCUGUGUAAUACAGAGUACAACAGCUCCCGUGUUGUCAGUGCUGGCUGGGGCUGCGGUGGUGCACCUACCCCUGCCUGCGGGCUCUUCCUGCACGCACACUGUGCCCUUCUUGAGGUUCAACGAGACCUGAGGUUAGGCAGAGUGCGUUAGAAAAACAACAAACAAAAACCACUUACAUACAUUACCAAAAAAAACCCAAAAAACAAUAACAUGAUUUUGAGCACAGAAAGAGAUUGCUUUUAAAAAGGGGUAGGGCUCGUCUGCUGUGGUCCUGUUACUCAGCUGUGGUCUGAGCCUCUGUACAGGAACUACUGGGACCUGCAAUGCCCUGAGGCAUGGAGCGGGUGUUUGCAGUGGGGCUCUUGUCCUGCUGCCAUGUGACAUAUGGGGCAUAGAGGGGCCUCUGGCCCCUGGUUCCCCAGGGCCAGGGCAGUGCCUGGGAUCUCUGCAAAACCCAGGAGGAAAAGUGAGGAGGAAGAUAGAACUGCCAAAGGUGCAGCCCCUCUGAUCAGGGUUGGCUACAAGACACCCCAAGGUGUCUUGGGAAAGCUGAUUUGUGGCAUGGAUCAGCAUAAGGGAAAUGUGAAAUUAGAGAACGUGAAGAAGAAAGCUGUGUGAGCAAGGGCAGUGUGCUCCCAAAUUAUCUCUGCGUGGAGGAGGCAUAUGGUGGGGCACAACUCAGAGCAAGAGAUGCACAACUGAUAAGUAUGGCUUAGGGCAAGGGAGCCGAGGCUGGCAAUGUGCAUCACUGAUGGGCUGAAGGGCUGAGUAACGGCACAACUGGCUUGUGCUGAGCUGAGGGCUGACCUGGUUUGUGCAGUCCCCAGGCUUGAGCUGCUGCUUCCUGGGAGGAGGUGCAGGCAGGCUAGAGCGCAGCCUCCCCCAUCCAUCACAAGGAUGAUGUUGUGGAGUCUGCUGAUUUGUAGCUGUUGCACACCGUGGCCCUGCACUGCAAGGCCAAGCCUGCUGGGGAAGGCAGAUGUUAAGUGUGCAGGUUCAAAUGGCAGCAGCAUCCUGGGCAGUCCCAGGGAGGUGACAGUGGGUGCCUAAGAGCUGCACCUGUGGCAUUGCUGUGCCCCCACAGGGCAGUGAUAGGUCCCCAGCAGCAGCUCGGGGGCAGCUAUGCGUGGUGGGGCAGAGGAAGGCUUGGGACAGGGCAGCCGAUCCCUCAGGCACUGCAGCACCCCUACAGCACUUACUGUGCUGCCUGAUCUCCUUGCCAUAGUAGUCAAAUCAAACAACACUCUUGGUGUCUGCUGGCCUGAACAGAGCUGGAGGGGUGAGGAGAUGGACACUGCUUGGAGAGCUGGUCCAUGCUGCCAUGAGGUGGGAGUGCACUCCUGCAUGGAGGGAGGAGGGCACCAAAAAGUCACAAACCAGUAUGGCCAAGAGAUGAUUUCCAACCUGCUCCUUGCCUUUGCGCAUGUAAUGUAGCAGUAGUUCUGUUUGCGCUUUGGGAUUGUGAAAGUAACAGUGGAGAAUUAUUGGGCCAUGCUUGGCAGCUCCUAGCCAGUACUAUGAGACAAAGCAGGGAGGUCUACAUGGCCCAUAUGGUGUUGGUGUCCCACUAAACCUGCAUAGCUCUGGGUGGUUCUUUGGUAGCUGGAAUCAGCCUAUCCUGGAGGAGAUGGUUUGGAGCCUAAAAUGGAAACUGUAAAAUGAGGCUCUGGAUCCCAAAAUGAGGCUUUGGACCCUGAGAUGGAUUCUUUGAACCCAAAACUGAGGCUCUGGAUCCUCGAAUUGAGAGUGGCCACAAAAAUUAACAUUGUUGAGCCUGGGUAAGGGAUCUCAAAAUUGGGACUUUGGACCCUAAGAAAUGUUCCUAGAACAGCUGUUUUGAGUCCUAAAGGGGAAGCAUUAGUCAGAGUAACAGUUUCCUCAGUGGACCUGAGGAAAAAAAAUAAAAAAAGUCUGAAUUCUGAAAGGGAGUUUUUGUUCCAGAAAUGAUGGUUUGCACCUCAGCAUGGGGCUUUUGAUUUUGAAGCUGGGGCUUUGGACUCUCCAAUUCAGGGGCUGCUGGAUCCCAAAGUGAUGCUUUGAUCACUCAAAAUGGACCAUAAAAGGAGGCUCUGGGCCCUAAUUUUCAGGCCUUGUCUGAUAGACUGAGGAUUACGGAUCUUAAAAAGAUGUGUCUUUUCUCUCAAGUGAGGCUUUGGACCCUAAAAACGUGGCUUUGCAGCUUAAAAUGAAAUUGUGGGGCCUAAAAAUUAGACAUUGCACUCUGAAAAUGACAGCCUGGGCUGUAGAGCUGAGAGUAUAAGCAAAGUAAUGACAGCUUAUGGUCCAAAAUGGAGUCUCAGGGCCCUGACAGCAAGGGUUUUGUCUCUAAGACCUGAGGGUUCAGGUAAUCAAAAGAAGACUUGGUAUCUCAGAUAGAGGCUUGGGACCCUGAAAACACGGUUUGGAAUCUGAAAAGGAGAUGCUGGCCAUGGGGGAAAAAAAAAAAAAGAGCUUUGGGAGCCCAGAAAUGGGGUACCUGGACCCUAAAUUAGGCCUUAUGACACUGAAAAGGAUUAUUUGAAGCUGAAACCGAGUCCCGAAGAGGAGGCUCUGCGAACUAUGAACCAUAGAAUCGUUUCGGUUGGAAAACUUCGUUUAAAGCCUGUGGGGCUUGAAAGAGGCCCCAGACUAACCCGAGGCCCACAGACGCUUUACACUACACUGGACAGCCCUAACCCCUAUCCCGCUGACCAGCUCAGCCCCGGAGCAGCAGCGAGCACAGCGCCGCCCCUACCGAGGGGAGGCGGGGUGGGGCCUCCCUGCCGCCGGGGGGCGCUCGACUGCGCGCCAGUCUCCGCUUGCAGCGCCGUUGUUCCGGGGCGACGGAGGAGCCGAAAACGAUCGGCAGGUUGCGGGGGGGCGGCAUGGCUGCUGGCGGCGUGGAAGAUCCGUCACUAGAGAGACAUUUCAAAGGCCACAGAGAUGCCAUCACUAGUGUGGACUUCAGUCUCAAUAAGAAACAAUUGGCGAGUGGCUCAAUGGAUUCAUGCCUGAUGAUCUGGAGUAUGAGACCUCAGAUGAGAGCCUAUCGCCUUGUGGGCCACAAAGAUGCAGUGAUGUGUGUUCAGUUUUCCCCAUCUGGCCACCUUGUAGCUUCAGGCUCCAGAGACAAAACAGUCUGCUUAUGGGUUCCGAGUGUCAAAGGAGAAUCUACUGUGUUCAAGGCUCAUACAGCAACUGUAAGAAGUGUUCAUUUCUCGGAUGAUGGCCAGUCCUUAGUUACAGCUUCUGAUGACAAAACAAUCAAAGUGUGGACAGUUCACAGGCAGAAGUUUUUGUUCUCACUCAGUCAACACAUAAAUUGGGUUCGCUGUGCCAGAUUCUCUCCUGAUGGACGAUUAAUAGCAUCAGCCAGUGAUGAUAAAACUAUCAAACUGUGGGAUAAAACUAGCAGAGAAUGUAUACAUUCCUUCUGUGAGCAUGGGGGGUUUGCAAAUCACGUGGAGUUUCAUCCCAAUGGUACGUGCAUUGCUGCAGCUGGCACAGAUAAUGCUGUGAAGGUGUGGGAUGUUAGGAUGAAUAGACUCGUCCAACAUUAUCAAGUGCACAGUGCUGCAGUAAACAGUCUUUCCUUUCACCCCUCUGGAAAUUACCUGAUUACUUCUUCCAAUGAUUCAACUCUUAAAAUUCUGGACUUGCUUGAAGGAAGACUUCUGUAUACUCUUCAUGGUCACCAGGGUCCAGCCACCUGUGUAGCAUUUUCCAGAACAGGAGACUUCUUUGCCUCUGGAGGAUCUGAUGAGCAGGUGAUGGUAUGGAAGACUAAUUUCAAUGCAGCAGAUUACGAUGAAGUUCUGAAAACACACAAGUCUGGUGCUAGUGUGGAUGGGACCCAUCAUAGUCUGCCAUCAGAAAUGGAUUGUGGUGUUCAUCUUAAGGAGACAAAAACUCAGGAUACUGGUAGGAACCAUGACCAGCAAGGGGAGGACGUCAAUCUUGCAGAUACCUUGGAGCACAUUAUAGGACAACUGGAUGUUCUGACUCAGCUUUCCUUUUGUUUUGCAGACAGUUUCCAUUCUGGAGCAGAGGCUGACGCUCACGGAGAACAAGCUGAAGGAGUUUCUGGAGAACCAGCAGAAAAUCAUUCAGAACAAAGAGAACUGAUUUUGUGGAAGAGGAGCAUCGCUGAAGGCAGUUGGAGGUUGCGAGGAUUUGUGUUCCUAACAGACUGGGUGACUUUAAUGAUUUGGAGAGUAAUCAAUUUUUAAUUGAUAUGUACAGUUACUGUAUCUGUAAAUACAAAGCUUUGUUACUUUGCUAAAAUAAAAGAUUUUUAUGUUUAAGAGUG